GCGGCAGUAUAAAGCAAGUUAUUCGAGCGCGUCCCGUUAUACGCAUCAGUUUAAGGUGGACUAUAGACACUCAUGACGCUCUUUAGUUCACGAGAUUUGUCCACCCUUUCACACUGACGACACAAUCCGCAGAGGAAAGCACUGAAGAAAAUAUCGGGCUGAAGAAAGGUUAAAGAUGGAGACCUUUAAUCACAGAGUUAACACUUAUAUUGACUCUUGGAUGGGACCCAGGGAUCCUCGGGUUAGAGGAUGGCUUCUACUGGACAACUACAUCCCCACUUUUGCCUUCACUGUCAUGUAUCUUCUGAUUGUGUGGAUGGGACCAAAAUACAUGAAGAAUAGACAGCCAUACUCCUGCAGAGCACUGCUAGUGCCAUAUAACCUCGGCCUGACGCUUUUGUCCUUCUACAUGUUCUAUGAGCUGGUAAUGUCAGUGUAUCAAGGCGGAUACAACUUCUUCUGCCAGAACACCCGCAGUGGAGGAGAGGCUGACAACAGGAUGAUUAACGUACUUUGGUGGUAUUACUUCUCCAAACUCAUUGAGUUUAUGGACACUUUCUUCUUCAUUCUGAGGAAGAACAACCACCAGAUCACCUUCCUGCACGUGUACCAUCACGCCACCAUGCUCAACAUCUGGUGGUUCGUCAUGAACUGGGUGCCGUGUGGCCACUCCUAUUUUGGCUCGACGUUUAACAGCUUCAUCCAUGUGCUGAUGUACUCGUAUUACGGCCUCUCUGCUGUCCCCGCCAUCAGACCGUAUCUGUGGUGGAAAAAAUACAUCACCCAAGGGCAGCUGGUCCAGUUUGUCCUGACCAUGUUCCAGACAUCUUGUGCUGUAGUUUGGCCAUGUGGUUUCCCAAUGGGCUGGCUGUAUUUCCAGAUCACUUAUAUGAUCACUCUUAUCUUGCUCUUCUCAAACUUCUACAUAAAGACCUAUAAGAGCCACGCGGGAUCUCGGAAGAACGAUCACUCAAAUGGAUCAAUAAACGGUCACGCUAAUGGAGUGACAUCCAAUGAGAAGGUUAAACACAGGAAACCGCGCACAGAUUGACGACAAUCAUCCACUUACAGUCCUGUUAUUGUUAUCAGUGCAGUAGAGGAGCUUCACGUAUGUCUAUCCAGUGACCACGCUACAGCCAUUUCAUCUUUAAGAGACUCCUCACAUUACUGCACACUGCAACCUCACGUUAUUCAUAUUGAAUCCAAAAAUUAGGAAUUAGGGUCCAAGUUAGAGUACUUGAUGUUUUUCAUAUGUUAUUUUUCUUGAAGAACAAAGAUGGCGACCCUUAAUACUGUACUAAUUGCACUGGUGUUUUCACCAAACUUUGUAGACAUAAAGAUGAUUGUACAGAAGUACACAGAUUUAUGUCACACUUAUGAGCCGAAUUAAACUGUAGCAGCCUAUUCAAUCUUUCUUUAUAGCACAGGCAUAUAUAAUCUUACAAGACAGGCAUAAAAAUACCUUGAGAAAUACAGAGAAAUAUGGAAGACAAUUCGUUUUAUCAACUAAUCAAGCAAGUUUAGUUAAUUAAUGUAUAUUUAUAAAGGAAAAUGGACUGUUUAUUUAAUUUUAACACGUAUUUAGCUAAUUUGUUGUAGCGCUGUAUUGUAAGUGAAGCUCUAGAAAACAUGUCCUUGUGUAAGUGUAAAACGUACACUUUUUUGUGUAUUUUACAUUAUUUCCGUAAGAUUUUCUUUUCUUUUUUUACAUUAAAAUUUUACUGUACUACGAUGUGUAGAUACUUUGAAAUUUAAAUUAUAGUUGGUUUUGCAUUACAGUAAUGAUAAUUUUUUUCAUUAAAAUGUGCUAAAAUUUAAUUAACGUCACAAGUUUAAUCUUUUUUUUUUUUUUAAGAAAGUAAUUAAUUAUUAUAUUUCCUUUGAUUUGUUGGUGAAAUAUGAGCCAGGCGGGACCCAGGGUUGGAGAUAAUUGUAAAACACAACACAUUUAUACAGUUGUUUGUUGUAUAUGUUGGCGCAGAUUGUGCUGACAUUGUUUGAGACUCCACCAGUCUCUCCAGCCUGCAGACGUCAGUGUGCUGUUCUCUUCACCUGGCUAGUCUUGUAGGAGCUCUUUGCUGCAACAACGAAGCAAUGAAUAGCUUCUGAUUUAUUUUCUGGUGUCAAAAAUGUAAUAACGAAUUAGUAGUUCAGCACAUCUGUUUCAAAUUUACCAAAAGUAUAAACAAUGGCUUACGCUGUUAUUAAAAGCACUUUUAUAAGUCUGUAACGCUUUCCUUUUCCCUUUCUGAGGCACUGUAAGUUCUUUCGACCUGUACUGUUCCUGUACUGAGAAAUCAGGAUCCAAUGCGUUUCAUCUGCCAGCAUUCAAGAUCUUUUCAAGCAACAUUAAUUCUGAUCUUGUGUUUGAACUUGUGUGUGUUAAAUCAUGAAACAUAGAAAUGCAGGAAAACAAUGAAUACUACUGUGAAACCUCUGUUACCGAAUCAUAAUCAUAAUUCCUUCUUCUUAAAAAUCAAGUCAUUCUCUCUGUUAGUGUUCAGUUUAGGAUAAGUAAAGAUAUCUUGCAUUAUUGUAUUAACUCCCUGGUAAAUGAUAUAAUGCUGUUAUUUCAUGCUUUCAGUGCAGACGUAUACUGUAGAUCCAGCCAUUCAGUGUACAAGUGCUGUUUGCCGAUAGCACAGUAGAGAUUUAAUGGUGUUUCACAGAAUUAAUACUGCACAUGUUAAUACAAGACAUAGGCCAUUAACAUCAGACACAAUACCAAUAAACUGAUUUUAUUUGGAAAUCUA